CUCAGUGUGGAGAACACCCCAGCAGCAGCAGCAGCAGCAGCAGCAGCAGCAGCAGCAGCAGCAGCAGCAGCGCACCCCGCUCUCCCGCACCCGCCAUGCACAGGUGGUACCUGGGUGGAAGCAGUCAAGAGGCCAUGGACCCCUUUCACUAUGACUAUGAGACAGUCCGCAAAGGGGGCCUGAUCUUCGCCGGCCUGGCCUUCAUUGUAGGGCUGCUCAUCCUGCUCAGUAAACGAUUCCGCUGUGGGGGCGGCAAAAAGCACCGGCAGGUCAGCCAAGAUGAGCUGUGAGGAUAGAGCUCACCGCGCUCACCGGGCCACGGACGCCGCCUGUCCCGUGGGCUGCUGUAACCUCUGCUCCCACGGCAGCCAGCCCUCUGCAGGACGCUAAAGGAGGUGUCAAGUUCACCCCGUGAGGACGUUUGUCCUGCUGCUGCCUCCCUCCUGUAAUUGCCCCACCUGCUUCUUCCCAUCCAAGUACAAGAUGGCCGGGUC